AUAAUGGAUGAUUUUGAUAAUUAUAGCGGAAAUAAUCAUAAAACUUCCAGUGUUAUUCAAAAAGAAAAUAAUUUUCAUGUUUGAAACUUGAAUAAUAUAUAUCAGUAAAAAAUGAAUACGUAGAUUCCAAGGAGUGUGAAAACAAGAUGAAUCCGUUGCAAAUUUAUUACCAUUAAAAUAGUUUAAAUAAAGUUAUGAAUAACUGACAUCUCAUGUGCAGCCGCUGAAUUCAAGCGUUCAACCUAUGUAAAAAACACCAUACCAGCUGCCUAUGGAGAUGCUGGGAUGGUCUGUUUACUCAAGUCAGUGACUGCAGGCGCGUGACUGAAAUUCUUUCAGAUUGCGAUCACUUCUCCGUUUUUGAAACUAAUGAAGAAGCUAAUGAUACGUGUGCUUGAACCCUUAAUAAAGGUUUCUUGAGAUCCUAAUCACUUUUCAUCCAAAGCAACACAAGCACUCUGUAUGCCAACAUUGUCUUAUAUCACAGUAUUGCUUAUAAUCUUGACAGAAAUGCCAAGUAUGUUAGAUCUGCGUUCCUAGACGACACUUCAACAUUUGAUUCCCUCCCAAGAUUUAUUUUGCUGGAUAAGCUAACGUGGACAGGUAAUGAGUUCAGGAUAACCAGCUGGCUGUACUCCUACUUUUCUGAAGAGAAACAAUAUACUGUUCAAAGGGAGAAAAAAAAAUCAGAAAAUGAAUUUAAAUGAAUUCACUCACUGGCUUUUAAUUAUUCUACUAUUAUGUCCAACAGAAAUGUAUCAUUUCAGUAAAACAACUGAAUAUUAUGAUCAAUAUAAUUCAACUAACUGGUCAAUUUUUCAACAUUUAAUUCAAAAUUAUGCAGCUGACAAUUUAACAGUUGAUUCAUUCAAACAUCUAUUCAAUAUUCAAUAUAUACAUGAAAAGGAUAAUAGCUAUGCUUUUACUCAAUAUAAUAAUAUUACUAAUAAUGAACAUCAAGCUUUAGCAUUACAUGUAAAUUAUGGCCGACCAGAAUUUGGUACACAUCGAAUUUUAUGGAUUAAACUAAUCUUAGCUAUUAUUUAUGGUAUUCUUGCGUUUAUGGGAAUAACAUCAAAUUUAAUUGUAGCUUAUAUUCUAUUAUUUAUGCGUAGGCGUGCAUUGACCAGUAUUACUAAUAUCUUUGUACUUGUUCUCGCCAUCUCAGAUAUAUUAUUGUGCAGUUUCAAUAUGCCUUUACAAGCCUACUAUGAAUUGAAAGAGACAAUUAUCUUAAAAAAUGAAGUAUUAUGCAAGUUUAUAUUUGCAUGUUUCGGUUUACCAAUGCAUAUAUCAUGUUUAACUAUAUUAUUGAUUGCAUGUGAUCGAUAUCAGAUUAUUAUCUAUCCAUUAAGACCACGUAUGUCAGUUAAAUUAGCCUUAAUAUUGAUUGGAUUUACUGUGAUUAUCAGUAUUAUUAAUGCUAUACCUAUAGCAUUAUUCAAUAUGGUGAGUAAUGCAAUUCGUACAACUGGAUUGGAUAUAGCAUUUGAACGACAACUAUAUAUGCAUCAGUUUAUACCAAGAAGUACACAUAGUUAUUGUGUAGAAAAUUGGCCAAAUCCUGAAUCAAGAUUAUUUUAUUCGGUUAUUGUAUUUUUGAUACACUUUUUCAUUCCUUUAACAUUAACGGCUGGUUUAUAUGGACAUAUAUAUUAUCGUCUACAUGAAAGACGUUUUCGUAAAGGUUCCGUUGAACGAAAACGUCGUACUAAUAAAAUUUUAAUACGAAUUGUCAUCUGCUUCGCUGUUUGUUGGACACCAUGGACAUGUUUUUCUCUAUGGCUUGAAAUACAUGCUUAUGAAAUUCAAAAAAACGCUUUAAAUUUAAAUCAUAGACUAGAUUCAAAUUUGUAUUAUACAACAUUGGAGGAUAAAAUGAUGCAUUUAAACAAAUAUUAUUCAACAUUGAACACAGACAAUCAAAGUCAUACUACUGCUAAUAAUAGUAAUGCUAACAAUAUUUCAAGGAAUAGUAGUAAUGAUGCUACAACUGAUGAAGCUUCUAUUCACCAAAUGUCUAGGAAUUAUCGUAUUAAUUACACCUUACACCCAAUUGGUGGAAACAUCAAACUGUUAGACUUAAGUCUGAAACUGUUAGCCAUGACAUCCGCAUGUAUUAACCCUUGGCUAUAUGGUUGGUUCAAAAAAUUCGUCUUUACCAUGACAAAGAAGACAGGACAAAAAUUAAAACAAUUCAAACCUAGUAAAUAUGAUCUGUUGAAUAUUGUACAAAGCUUAAGAGAUAAAUAUCGUAUUUGUUUUACUAAAAAGUUGACAAUGCAACAUAUUCGAAAACAAGUGAAUCGUUAUGAAAAUAAUAAUGUAGUUAGUGUUGAUGGUGGUGAUGAAUGUGAUGCUGACAGGAUGCAAAAUAAAGAAAAACUCAAUGAAGGAGACUAUGAAACCGACUCAACUGGUCCAAAAUUAAGUGUAUACAUAUGUUAUUGUUGUGGUUCUAUAUGUACUUGUCAAUUAUCAUUUAAAUGGUUAAAUCGGAAAGAUCAUUUUAGACAUAUGACUCGUUACCAUGACAAUGAGAGUUAUUUAACUGAACCACUGGCUAAAUCAUUAAAUGAAUAUUCUGAACGUCGUGUACUUAGUGAAGCAGUGAUAGCUGAUCUAGUCAAACAUACAAGAAAUAGUUCACGAGCUUCAAACUCUAAUAGUAGUCGACAUUACGGUUCAAAAAAUUCCAAUGGUCCAAUGGGUACAGGAAAUAUAAUUGCUGGUACAAAUCAACAGCAUGAAAAGGCGACAGAUACUAUUUCAUCUACAGGUAAAUAUGGUAAGUUAAUUAAGGAGUCUAUACAGACGAAAACAACAUCUUAUACAAAAUCCCGUCGUAGAACAUCAUCACGUCUUAGUGGUAUAUCCUUUGGUACAAUGAGUUAUCUGGAUCCCUCGACAAAGCAGACUAGUUUAUUCCCAUCUUCUGGUAUGUUACCAACACCUAGAAGUAGCUUUUUAAACACUGCUAGCCAAGUUUCACGUAAUGAAAAUAACCAAGAAGGUGAUGAUGUAGAACAACAGCAGCAGCAACACAAUGAACUCCAAGUACCAUCUAUAUCCCAUGAGGUACACAUGAAUGCUGUAAAUAAUUCAUACUAUCAGUUACCUUCAACUUCAAGAUAUUUUACUCCUAAUCUACUCAAACCAUUACCUGAUGUCGAUUCAAUGAAGUAUGAGCAUGAAAGUUCAUUAGAAGGUGAACAUGUCCUUAGCAUAACUAUACCUAUCCCCCAGACGACAAUGACAAAAAUACAUCCUUCUGAAAUAGAUAAGGUGAAAGAGAAAUUGAAUAACUCUAUGUCUAUCAUUCCACUUUCUGAUAUUCCUUGUCACAGUAACCAUAGUGACAAUGAAAGAUUAGAUAUUUUACCGGAAAUUAUCAAAGUCGAUGUUCAUACACAAACAACUGAAGUGAAAUAUGAUUACAGUAAUAUUCGUCUUCUGAAAACUAAUCGACGCCGAAAUGAUGACUAUAAGAAUAACAGUUGUACUUCAAAACAUGAUUUAACUGAGGAAGACUACAAAGGUCAAAACACCCUUCAAAUUAAAUUGUCUGAAUCAUAUGCUGCAUCGAUACCGUUUGUUGAUGAAGAGAGUUCAAUAACAGAAGAAUACCAUCCAAUAGGCUUCAUACAAACCUUGAAAGACAAUCCACUAAGCAUUACAUAUAGUUAUAUAACACGAAAUGAAACACUCAAGGAGGUCAGUGAUGAGCAGACAUCUAUGGAUGUUCCGGUAACAUCAUCGGCAUCACAGCAACAACAAGAACAACAGAACGCCCAAAUGAGCUCACAAUCAACACUGACUGCUGCCACAAAAGAGACACAAGACAGGAAUUCUUCAGUGAGAGAAAAAAAGUCAAGACAACUUUCUAUGUAUAUGAAAAAUUCAUCAAGACGUAUCAGUACAAGCAUACAUCUAUUCUCACAAAAGCGUAGACCAUCCGAAAGGCGUGGAACUAUAGAUAAACCAAUAAGACACCGUCUCAGCUUUCAUGGUAAAACGAAUGUAAAGAAACCAGUCAACAGUGAUGAGAAGAAGACACAACUUCAAAAACAAUCCUCAGAUUUAUUCGCUUCAACAAGUGAUGAACUAUCAGAUCUAGAUGAUUUUGCGCAUAUUAGUCGGAUGGUUGCUAGAGAAGUGAUGCGAAAGCAACGAGCAAGAGAAAGAGCCAAAAGUAUUUGUGUUGCUCCAACAGUAAAUAGUAGAAAUGACAAAGAACUGGAGGAUAAAACUACACCGAUAAACACAAUAGAAAAAGAGAAUAAAUCCCAUUUUAAUAAACGUAAAAGUUUUACUGUAUUUCCUCGAUUUACUGGGACUUCAGAUGCUUCGACUAGACAUAGAUUUACACACAACAGUCUAAACUUAACAAUGAAUAGACCACCAACUGAACUCACGGAGGCAUAAGUCUCAUUUUUAAAUGAAAAAUGUUUUCCAGUAUAUUGAACAGUGAACAGAUUACAUAUUGAAGAAAGAUAAACAAAAGAUUUGCAGCAUUUCAAUUUCCUUCUGCAUACAUAUACUCAUAAGAUGGUGUCAGAGUUUUCAAAUUAAAGAAUAUUUAGGUUAUCCAAAAGCUGAUCCUUUCUGUAUACUUUUACACGUAUAUAUUCAAUAUGUUCAAUGUAUUUUACAGAGCACAGAAAUAUGAGUCCUAUUUUUCUGUCUAGUGUUUUUCGUAUUCAUCAUUGUGUACUUGUAUCAUAUUUAUUGCUUCUGUGAUGGCUUUUUGAAGUGUCAUUUCUCGCUCGUUCUCUCCCCCUAUAUAAUAUGUACUGUGUCAAUGUAUCUGUCUAUCCAUCCAUCUGACUAUUCAUCUAUUGACUUGUCAGUAUGUCAAACUGUAGAUCUUGUGUGUUUUAUUUUGUAAAUUAAGGAGAAACCGUUUGACUGUUACCUACUUUUCAACUGUUACUACUGUAAAUAAAAGCAACAUAGGUAUUUUAUAC